AGCCUGGUUGGCAGCUGCAGCGCAGAGUCCAGCCGCGGGUGCGCGGAGAGCUUCUUGGUCUCCUGAGCGGUUCGGCCCAGCCUUUCGCCCAGGCGCCCAGGCUUGGUGCGCGCGUGCGUGAGCGCGCCUGCGCCGCCGGGGCAGCUGCAAGAGGAGGAGAGCCCAGCCUCAGGAGGAUCCCUUUUCCUCCAGGAAUUAAUCAAUGCUGAAACCUUUCAAAGUGAUAUUAGAGACGUUGGAAGCGCCAUGGAUGGGUUUUAUGAUCAGCAAGUCCCUUUUAUGGUCCCAGGGAAAUCUCGGUCUGAAGAAUGUAGAGGGCGGCCUGUGAUUGACAGAAAGAGGAAGUUUUUGGACACAGAUCUGGCUCAUGAUUCUGAAGAGUUGUUUCAGGAUCUCAGUCAACUUCAAGAGGCUUGGUUAGCUGAAGCACAAGUUCCUGAUGAUGAACAAUUUGUCCCAGAUUUUCAGUCUGAUAACUUGGUGCUUCAUGCCCCACCUCCGACCAAGAUCAAACGGGAGCUGCACAGCCCCUCCUCUGAGCUGUCCUCCUGUAGUCACGAGCAGGCUCUUGGUGCUAACUAUGGAGAAAAGUGCCUCUACAACUAUUGUGCCUAUGAUAGGAAGCCUCCCUCUGGGUUCAAGCCAUUAACCCCUCCUUCCACCCCUCUGUCACCCACCCAUCCAAAUUCCCUGUUUCCCCCACCUCAGGCAACUCUCCCCACCUCAACCCCUGCAGCUGGCCCAGUACAAGGUGUGGGCCCCACCCCCCAUUCACUUCCAGAGCCUGGACCACAGCAGCAAACAUUUGCGGUCCCCCGACCACCACAUCAGCCCCUGCAGAUGCCAAAGAUGAUGCCUGAAAACCAGUAUCCAUCAGAACAGAGAUUUCAGAGACAACUGUCUGAACCCUGCCACCCCUUCCCUCCUCAGCCAGGAGUUCCCGGAGAUAAUCGCCCCAGUUACCACCGGCAAAUGUCAGAACCCGUUGCCCCUGCAGCUCCCCCACCCCCUCAGGGAUUCAAACAAGAAUACCAUGACCCACUCUAUGACCAUGGGCUCCCAGGCCUACCAGGUCCCCCUGCACAUGGGUUCCAGUCACCAAUGGGCAUCAAGCAGGAGCCCCGGGAUUAUUGCGUUGACUCAGAAGUGCCUAACUGCCAGUCAUCCUACAUGAGAGGGGGUUAUUUCUCCAGCAGCCAUGAAGGUUUUUCAUAUGAAAAAGAUCCCCGGUUGUACUUUGAUGACACUUGCGUUGUGCCUGAGAGACUGGAAGGCAAAGUCAAACAGGAGCCCACCAUGUAUCGGGAGGGGCCCCCUUACCAGAGGCGAGGUUCACUUCAGCUGUGGCAGUUCCUGGUCACCCUUCUUGAUGACCCGGCCAAUGCCCAUUUCAUCGCCUGGACCGGCCGAGGCAUGGAGUUCAAGCUGAUAGAACCAGAGGAGGUUGCUCGGCGUUGGGGCAUCCAGAAGAACCGGCCAGCCAUGAACUAUGACAAGCUGAGCCGUUCUCUGCGCUAUUACUACGAAAAGGGCAUCAUGCAGAAGGUGGCUGGGGAACGAUAUGUCUACAAAUUUGUCUGUGACCCAGAUGCCCUUUUCUCCAUGGCUUUCCCGGACAAUCAGCGUCCAUUUCUGAAGGCGGAGUCUGAGUGCCACCUCAAUGAGGACGACACUCUGCCCCUGACCCACUUCGAAGACAACCCUGCUUACCUCCUAGACAUGGAUCGCUGCAGCAGCCUCCCCUAUGCUGAAGGCUUCGCAUACUAAGUUUCUGAGCGGCUGAGUGGCCAAACCCUAGAGCUAACAGUUCCCAUUCAGGCAAAUGAGGGCAGUGGUUGGUUUGUGUUUUUGGCUGUUCCUAACGCUUGCCCUUCAAGUAUUAUCCAGAGAACCUAAGCUGUCUCUGGAUUGGCACCCUUAAAGACAGACCCGUUGGCUGGGGAGUGGGAACAGGGAGGGGCAGAAAACCACCAAAAGGCUGGUGCCUCAACUCUUGACUCUGAUGAGGUUUCUGGGAAGAGAUCAAAAUGGAGCCUCCUUAACCAUGGACAAUAUAUGCAAAGCAAUACCUUGUUCAGGUUAGUACCCCCAAAAUGGGACAGAGUGUGUGACAAUCUGCAUUGAUCACGGACUACUAAAUGCCUUUACACAGAAGGGCUCUGAUUUGCACAAUUUAUUGAAAAAGAAGUCACAAACCCAUAGAAAAGUAGGGUAGGCUAAGCUGGGGGUGCUCAGACCAAUAAGGGUUAAAAAUAGAUCUAGAAAUUUGGAGAGCUCGUCCAACUAAAUCUGAAAUGUCUCUCCUUGGUCUGGCAAAAAGGGGGGCAGUCAGAACAGCUGUUACCCACUCCAUGGUUCUCAAAUCAUAAACCAUUGCUAUCCUUGGGAACCUUCUGGCCAUGUGGCCACCAAGUAGAGCAAGCCCCUUUCUCUUCCUCAUCACAUGGCUGUGUGUGGAUGGCUUUCAUUUCAGGAGAAGGGCGAUUAACACUUUCGACAGUAUUUUGUUUUGCCUUGAUUCGGGGGAUUGUUUUGUUUUGGUGGUUGUUUUAGAAAAACAGUUUAUAAACUGAUUUUUGUAGUUUUGGUAUUUAAAG